GUCUAUAUUAAACAAUUAAAGAUCGAAGGUUUCAAAUCAUACAAACAUCUAGAUUUGGCCUCAAAUACAUUUCAUCAAGGCUUCAAUGUAAUCACCGGAAGAAAUGGAGCUGGUAAGAGUAAUCUAUUCAGUGCAAUUAGGUUCAUAUUGGGUGAUAUUGGAUCGAUGACUGGACAGAGAGAAGACAGAUCAAAGCUCCUGCACACCUUUGGUUCAGUCACUGUACAAAGUGGCUACAUAGAGGUAGUCUUUGACAACAAAGAUAACAGAUUCCCAAUUGAAAAGGAAGAGUUUACACUUAGAAGAACGUUUGGACCAACAAAGGAUGAGUACUCAUUGGAUAAACAAAAGUUGCCAAAGGCUGAUGUAAAGAGUUUGUUGGAGGCAGCAGGUCUGAGUGCAAGUAAUCCAUAUUAUAUUGUACAUCAAGGCCAGAUCACAGAGCUGGCACUGAUGAAGGACGCUCAGAGACUGGACCUGCUCAAGGAGGUGGCCGGUGCACGUGUCUACGAGGACCGCAAAGAGGAGAGUCUCAAGCUGAUCCUCGAGACCGAGCAGAGGAUUGGCAAGAUCGUCGAGUACCUCGAGUACAUCGACGAGAAGAUCGAGCAGCUGGAGCACGAGAGGAAUGAGCUUCUGCUGUUCCAGAAGCUGCGCAGCGACAAGAAGUUGGUCGAGGCCUACAUUGCUCAGAUCGACGACGUCUCGUCGGCCGAGCAGAUGAGGUCGGUGCAAGAGCGCCGAGACGAGAUGAUUGAGCAGGCAGAGAUAGCCGGCCGCCGUCUGACCGAGCUGCACGAGGAGCUACGCGCAGAGCAGGCGGAGCUCUCCGAGCUGAGCCUGUUGGUGAAGCGCGAUCGCAUGGAGCUGGCCACGUUGGAGAAGCAGUUCGAGGACCACCAAGACAAGAGGACAAAGAUCGACGUACAUUUGAAACAUUUGCGCGACCUCAACAGGAAGCAACAGGCCAGACAUGACAAGCUAAAGACAGAGCGCGAGAAGCUCAACAAGUCCAUCAACGACACGACCGCCAAGCUGGCCGGUAUCCAGCCUGAGCUCGAGGCCAUCGAGAACCAAGACAAGGAGUUUGACGAGGAACUAUCCAAGAAUGAUGUCAGACUCAAUCAGUUGUACUUGAAGCAGGGAAUGCUUCAGUUCAAGACAAAGAAGGAGAGAGAUACAUACUUAAAGACAGAGAGCGAUCAGAUUAGUGAGUCGCUGAAGCAUCAUCACACCCAGAUCCAAUCAAUCAGAGACGACCUGCAAAAGACACGCGACAUCAUUGCGAACAAGGCCAACUCGCUCGAUGAGAUGAAGGCACACGAGUCGCUGGCCAACCAAACCAUCAUGGAGAUGCAGACAGAGAUCUCCAAGAAGAGAUCGGAACGCGAUGAUGUGGACCGCCGCGUGAAGCUUCUCCAACAGACCGAUCAGAUGCAGAAGGCCAACAUCACUAAUCUGCGCAAUGAGCUGAAGCGCGCCGAGCGCCACCUCCAGUUUAUCUUGCCGCGUGGCAUGUACGAGGGCAUUGCCAAGAUCAAUCAACUGCGCGACGAGGGCAAGAUCCAGGGCGUGUACGGCCCACUGAUCGAGCUGUUUACACUGCGCGACCCCAACUCCUACAAGGCCAUCGACACGAUUGGCGCCAACAGUCUAUUCCACAUCGUAGUGGACAACGAUGACACUGUCAGCAAGCUGCUUGACAUGCUCAACACUGAGAACAUUGGUCGCCUCACAUUCAUGCCUCUGAACCGCCUGCAGAUCAGGAAGGGCGGCAAGCCACUGCCGCGCGCCACGGACGACUACGAGCCACUGAUCAACAUCAUGCAGUUCGACCCCAAGUUUGACGUGGCCCUGCGCAUCAUCUUUGGCAAGACUAUGUUCUGUGCCGACAUUGAAAAGGCCGAAGCGUUGAGGAAGGAGCACGCAGUCGACUGUGUCACGCGAGACGGUGACCUGUUCUACGGCAAGGGUGCCAUCGUCGGAGGUUACCACAACGCCACCAAGUCGCGCUUCCUCGCCUUUACCGACUUCCAACAGUGGCGCACCAAGAUCGUUGAGAACCAAGAGCAGAUUAUGGAAGGCGAGCAAGAGAUGGUCUCGCUGCAGAACCAGGCACAAGGCGUCAGCAAACAGAUCAGCGAGUUGGCUCACAAGCGCGAUGAGAUGGCCGCCAAGAUUGAGACGAUGCAGGCAGAGCGAACAUCAGACAACAGGCAGGUGUUUGAGGAGAUUGUGCGCGAGAAGGAGACACUACUCAAGAGGAUGCAGUCCGACUAUGCCAACUUGGAGAGAAGGCUGCAGGGCCACCAAGAACAACUCAAGUCGCCCUUUGAGACGACGCUCACCGAGGCCGAGAAGGUGGAGCUCACCAAUCUGAGCGAGGCCAGCAUGAAACUCAAGGAGCAGCGAUCGGCACUGUCCAAAAAGAUGGCCGACCUACAGAUGACGCGACACAGGAUGGAGGACCAGCUGCGCAACAAUCAUCACAGACGUCUGCGCGACGUCGAGGAGGAGAUGUCCCACCUGCGCUCCUUUGACAACCCCGAGGAGGCGGCCGACGUGCAGAUGGAGGAGUCCGAGGCACUGUUCAAGACCGAGAACGAGGAGGUGCGCCGAUACGCUGAGCACAUCAAGAAGUUCAAGGAGGAGAGCAAGAAUCCCAACAAUGAGAAGUACACCGCGCUCAAAGAAGGCACGGCCAAGAAGAAGGACGAGAUACAGCAGACCGAACAGAAGCUUUUGGAGUACGCCAAGAAGCUGGAGGAGAUUGUUGUGAGGCUGAAGGAGCACAGUACCACCUCCACAAAGAGCAGAGCGCAGGCAACGGCGCAGCAGCUGAACUUUGACGAGCUGAAGGGCGUGUCCAAGAAGGAGGCCACCGAGCGUCUGCGUACCAUCAACGCCGACAUGAAGAAGCACACGGCCAGGAACUUGAAGGCCGACGAGCAGUACAAAACGUCGGUUGAGAUGCGCAAUGGACUGGUGGCGCGACGUGAGGAGCUGGACGAGUCACUCAAGGCCAUCCUCAGUCUGAUCGAAACCCUGGACGCCAAGAAGGACGAAGCCAUCGCCCGUACAUUCUCUGGCGUUGGCAAGCACUUCUCAGACAUCUUCAAGGAGAUGAUUCCCGGAGGCUCGGCAUCGCUGGUCAUCAAGCGUUCCUUUGACGCCGACGAAGAGGGCGAGGAGCCCAACAAAUGGGAGGUAAACGGUGAGAUCAAGAAGCCAACAGACAUUGAGUACACAGGCAUUGGCUUCAAAGUGUCGUUUGGCGAGGGACACCAAGCCCACACCAUUCGCCAGUUGUCUGGCGGCCAGAAGACCCUCGUGGCGCUGACGCUCAUCUUUGCCCUGCAACGUACCGAUCCUGCACCCUUCUACCUGCUCGACGAGAUCGACGCCGCACUCGAUCACAACUACCGUGUUGCCAUCUCCAAGAUCAUCAGGAAGCACGCCAAGUUCACACAGUUCAUUGCCACCACGUUUGGUCCCGAGUUUGUGAUGGAUGCCAAUCAGAACUGGGUGGUCACAUUCUCAAAGGGCGAGUCCAAGCUGCUGCCGGGCUCCAAGGCCGACGCGCUCAACAUCAUCAAGCAGCUGGACAGCAAACAGACAUUUGAUUUCUCAUACACCGGUGUGCCCGUGGAGGAGGAGUACGUCGGACCAACACUGCUCGGUCUGCCCGAAGACAAGCAGAUCGUUGAGAUGGACUACCAGCGAUGCAAGAAACGUGCGCAGCAGGCAUUGCAGCGCGCCGAGGGAAAUGUUCAACCAGAUGAAGCACGCCGCCCAGACCCUGACGUCGGCGUCACAGGCCACCGCCGAGUCGCUCACCACCCAGCUGGUCGAGUGCAAGAAGGA